AUGGAGGGUUCUAACCACCCCUCAUCGUCCCGGAGAGGGUCGAUUGAUAUCAAAGGAGAGACGGAGAGUGCGGCAGUGACUGUCUUUGGAGAUGAUACUUCUGUCAAAAACAGCCCUCCAUCCAGCUCUGCAGCUAGCCACAAUAACGACUGGGCCUUACUCUCGCGGUUCCAACAGCAACAUGAGCGUGAUUUGAACUCUGGGUUCAAGCGCCAGGAAUUGGGUGUCACUUGGAAAAACCUCAAUGUGGAGGUGAUCGGCGCAGAUUCAGCUGUCAACGAGAAUGUCCUAUCACAAUUCAACAUCCCCACACACAUCAAGGAGUCGCGCAACAAGGCCCCGCUCCGUACCAUCCUGAACAACAGUCAUGGUUGCGUCAAACCCGGUGAGAUGCUUCUGGUUCUCGGCCGGCCGGGCUCGGGCUGUACCACUCUACUAAAAAUGCUGGCGAACAAGCGAGGAGGAUACAACUCGGUGGAGGGCGACGUUCGAUUCGGUUCAUUGACUGCCGAGGAAGCAAACAAGUACCGCGGUCAGAUCGUCAUCAAUACCGAGGAGGAGGUCUUCUUUCCUACCCUGACCGUGGGACAGACCAUGGACUUUGCAACCCGCCUUAAGGUUCCGUUUAAGCUUCCGAAUGGCGUUGAAUCUGCCGAGGCCUACCGCGAGGAAUCGAAGAAAUUCUUACUCGAAUCGAUGGGUAUUUCGCACACUGAGGAUACCAAGGUCGGUAAUGAGUACGUACGCGGUGUCUCCGGUGGUGAGCGCAAGCGAGUGUCUAUCAUCGAAUGUAUGGCUACCCGUGGAUCUAUUUUCUGCUGGGAUAACAGCACCCGUGGUCUCGAUGCCAGUACCGCCCUAGAGUGGACCAAGGCGAUUCGCGCCAUGACGGACACACUGGGCCUCUCGACUAUCGUCACUCUUUACCAAGCUGGUAACGGAAUUUACGAUCUCUUCGAUAAGGUCCUUGUUCUUGACGAGGGUGAGCAAAUCUACUACGGCCCUCGUUCCGAGGCACGUCCUUUCAUGGAGGAGGCGGGCUUCAUUUGUCGUGAGGGUUCCAACGUGGCCGAUUUCCUCACUGGUAUCACGGUGCCAACUGAGCGCCGUAUCCGUCAGGGAUAUGAGAACCGCUUCCCUCGAAACAAGGAAGCUCUUCGGACCACCUACGAGCAGUCGCCUAUCUAUAGCCGAAUGAUCUCCGAAUACGACUACCCGAAUUCCGACAUUGCGCAACAGCGUACACAAGAUUUCAAAGACGGUGUUGCCUUUGAGACUUCUAAGCAUCUACCUAGUAACAGCCCACUCACUGUGAGCUUCACCGAGCAGGUGAAGGCCUGUAUUGUGCGGCAGUAUCAGAUUAUCUGGGGAGACAAGGCUAGCUUUAUCAUCAAGCAGGUUGCGACUUUGAUGCAAGCUUUGAUUGCUGGAUCGCUUUUCUACAAUGCUCCUGAUACCUCCAGUGGACUGUUUGUCAAGUCCGGUGCCCUUUUCUUCUCUUUGCUCUACAACAGUUUACUUGCGAUGUCUGAGGUCACGGAAUCUUUCAGCGGUCGUCCUGUGUUGAUUAAACACAAAGGUUUCGCAUACUUCCACCCGGCUGCAUUCUGCUUGGCCCAGAUCACUGCAGACAUCCCUGUUCUUCUGUUCCAAAUCAGCAUGUUCUCGCUGGUUGUCUACUUCAUGGUUGGCUUGACCAUGUCUGCUGGGGCCUUUUUCACUUACUGGAUCAUGGUCUUUGCGACUACCAUGUGUAUGACUGCCUUUUUCCGAGCUGUUGGUGCUCUUUUCUCGACCUUUGACGGUGCCUCUAAGGUUUCUGGAUUCAUGAUCUCCGCUCUUAUCAUGUACACUGGUUAUAUGAUCGAAAAACCUGAAAUGCACCCCUGGCUUGGUUGGAUUUUCUGGAUUGACCCCUUGGCUUACGGAUUUGAGGCCCUUCUUUCCAACGAAUUCCAUGAUAAGGAGAUCCCUUGCGUUGGAACCAACCUCAUUCCUAAUGGCGCUGGCUACACGGACUCGCGAUACCAAUCUUGCGCUGGUGUUGGUGGUGCGACUCAUGGCUCUACUUCCGUUUCUGGUGACAAUUACUUGGCGUCGCUUUCAUACAGCCAUUCGCAUCUGUGGAGGAACUUCGGUAUCAACUGGGCCUGGUGGGUUCUCUUCGUCGUCGUCACUAUCAUUGCCACCUCUAGAUGGCAGUCUCCCGGCGAGAGCGGAACCUGCCUCGUUAUCCCUCGUGAACGACUCGCUGUGCACAAUCAGCGAUCCAAGGGUGACGAGGAGGCCCAGGUUCAGGAGAAGACCAAGCCUUCUGAGAAUGAUGCCCGUGACUCUGGUGAUAUCGAAAACCAACUCGUCCGGAAUACCUCCGUCUUUACUUGGAAGGACUUGAAAUACACUGUCAAGACUCCUUCUGGUGAUCGACUGUUGCUUGAUAAUGUUUACGGCUGGGUCAAGCCGGGUAUGCUGGGAGCCCUGAUGGGCUCCUCGGGUGCCGGAAAGACUACUCUGCUUGAUGUUUUGGCCCAGCGUAAGACUGAUGGUACUAUCAACGGCUCUAUCAUGGUAGAUGGUCGCGAGCUGCCCGUUUCUUUCCAGCGCUCUGCUGGAUACUGUGAGCAACUUGAUGUGCUCGAACCGUUUGCUACUGUCCGUGAGUCGUUGGAGUUUUCUGCCUUGCUGCGUCAGCCUAGGGAUGUGCCGCGUGAAGAGAAGUUGAAAUAUGUCGACACAAUCCUUGACCUUCUGGAGCUGCAUGACCUGGCCAAUACUCUUGUAGGCCGUGUUGGCGCUGGUUUGAGUGUUGAACAGCGUAAGCGUGUCACCAUCGGUGUUGAGCUUGUAUCCAAGCCUAGCAUCUUGAUUUUCUUGGAUGAGCCUACCUCGGGUCUCGAUGGCCAGUCUGCUUACAAUACUGUGCGAUUCCUCCGCAAGUUAGCGGAUGUUGGUCAGGCUGUUCUCGUGACGAUUCACCAGCCGUCUGCUCAGCUAUUUGCCGAAUUCGAUACCUUACUGCUUCUCGCUAAGGGUGGUAAGACCGUCUACUUUGGAGAUAUCGGUGACAAUGGUCAGACUGUUAAGGAUUAUUUCGACCGCUACGGCGCCCCUUGCCCAGCUAACACCAACCCUGCCGAACACAUGAUUGAUGUCGUUUCGGGUCAGCUGAGCCAAGGCAGAGAUUGGAAUCAGGUUUGGUUGGAGUCUCCCGAGCACGUGAAGGCUUACCAAGAGCUUGACCGGAUUAUCGCUACCGCUGCAUCUAAACCCCCUGGCACAUCUGACGAUGGUCGGGAGUUCGCCACAUCGCUUGCGGAGCAGUGUAAGAUGGUGACUACCCGCAUGAGCACUGCCUUGUUCCGCAACACCGACUACAUUAACAACAAGAUGGCCCUGCACAUUGGAUCUGCUUUAUUCAACGGUUUCUCAUUCUGGAUGAUCGGUGAGAGUGUCGGCAGCAUGCAGCUCCGUCUAUUCACGAUCUUCAACUUUAUCUUCGUCGCCCCGGGUGUCAUCAACCAAUUGCAGCCGUUGUUCAUCGAACGUCGUUCGAUCUACGAGCAGCGCGAGAAGAAAUCCAAGAUGUACUCCUGGAUCGCCUUCGUGACUGCCCUCGUGGUCUCUGAAAUCCCCUACCUCUGCCUUUGCGCGGUGCUAUACUUUGUCUGCUGGUACUACACCGUCGGCUUCCCCAACGACUCCAGCAAAGCCGGUCCCACCUUCCUCAUGAUGCUCCUCUACGAGUUCGUGUACACUGGAAUUGGUCAAUUCGUCGCCGCCUACGCUCCCAACGCCACCUUUGCCGCCUUAGUCAACCCCCUCAUCAUCGGAACACUGGUCUCCUUCUGUGGUGUCUUGGUACCAUACGCCCAGAUCCAGGCUUUCUGGCGCUACUGGAUCUACUGGUUGAACCCCUUCAACUACCUCAUGGGUGGCCUCCUUGUCUUUGACGUCUGGGACACCCCGGUGAACUGCAAGGAGAGCGAGCUGGCGAUUUUCAACACUCCGAACGGAUCCACCUGCGCCAACUACCUGGCUGAUUACAUGGCCACCAUCGGUGCAAACAUGAACCUGCUUAACCCGGACGCUAGUGAGAACUGCAAGGUUUGCGAGUACAAGCAGGGGAGCGACUACCUCAAGAAUCUUAACUUGAAGGAGUAUUACUACGGCUGGCGCGAUAUUGGUAUUGUUGCCCUGUUCGCACUGAGCUCGUACGCUCUUGUUUACUUGUUAAUGAAGCUACGCACCAAGGCCUCCAAGAAGGCUGAGUAA